AUGCCCCCGGCGGUGGUGGCGCCUUCGCCGCCCCGCGGCGGAGAGGGGGCGGAAGGCGUAAAUGGUGCCAGCGGCAGAGGGGAGCGGGGCGGCCCGACGGCCCCUGGCCGCAGUGCGGGCGGCGGAGGCGCAGGCGGCAGCAGCCCGGGCGGCAGCAGCCCGGGCGGCACCGCGACCUUCCAGGAGCCGCGGAGGAACGGAGGCCCCGCAGGGCGCGGCAGCCCGUCGCGGCGAGCUUCCGCCGGCAGGGACUCGUCGUGGGUCCCGGCAGCGAACGAGGGAGAGGCGCCUCUGGCGGCGGAGAGGGGAGCGGCGCUGCCUGACGGGACGGCCGCUGCCUUCCCCGUGGCCGCCCGGCGCUCUCCGGAGACUCUCCGUGAGGCGCUGCCGGAGAUCAGCCCGGACCGCCGGGAGGUGUCGGAGGCGUCGGGGCUGGCGGAAGAGGUCGUGACGAUCCUGGUCGAAGCCUUCCGCAACCAGAAGGAGAGAUUCACAUCCAUCGAGCUCCCAGAAGCCGGCAUCUCCUGCCAGAGCCUCCAGAUAUCUGAACCAAAGAAGUUUGAGGUCCUGCUUGAGAUGCCUGUGGAAGAUCUUGUGCUGUCUCCAAGGGAUGACUCUGGAGUGUUUUUUGAUCUAAAGUUCAGAGGAGUUCCAAAAGAAGAUUAUUUGUUGGAGUUUGUAGACGAAGAAGGCAAAUUAUCAUCCCGCAAAAUGCUGAACACACUCAAAGGAAUUAUUAAAGGAAAAGUAAAAACUAAAAGAUUUUGUGAACAAACCAGAGAAAAGAUCCCAGGUGUGGAGGUAACUGUGCAAAGGAGGGAGCCUAGAAGCCCUGCAAUAACUCUUCUGAUCAGAACUCCUCAAGUAGAAAUCUCAGUGGACAUCAUCUUGACUUUGCAAGCUGAGGAGAAGGUUUCACUGCCUGAGGAAAACUGGCUGCACAGCAAUGUCAAGAAAAGCAUCAGAGAGAAACCACUUCAUUUAGUACCCAUGUUAAAUACAGGAGAUUACUGGCAGCUCUCUUUCUCCCACAUUGAGAAGCUGAUGAUGGAGAAGCAUGGCAAGAAAAGGAGCUGUUGUGGACCUGGAGUAAAGUGCUGCAGGCAAGAGUGUCUUGAGCAUCUGAAGUAUUUCCUAGAGAAGCUUAAAUUGGAGUUUCCAGCAGAGCUGAAAGAGUUCUCUUGGCUGCAUGUCCAAACUGCCUUCUUCCACUCCUGUGCCAAGUUCCCCAACGACUCAGCCUGGCGCAAUGACCGCCUGGGGCUUGGCUAUCGCAGGGUCCUGGAAGGCUUACAGCAGUUCCUGAGAGCUUCUAGCCUGCCACACUUCUUUGUUCCCACCUACAACUUGCUUAGCCAGGAGCAGCAACAGAGCAGUGCUUUCCUUGAUGGAAAAAUACAAGCUGAAUUGGAGAAGAGAUUCUAAAUACUACUUCUAGUGUGAGGUGGCCCUGCCCAUGGCAGGGGGGUUGGAAGGAGAUGAUCUUUGUGGUUCCUUCCAACCCUGACUGAUUUUAUGAUUCUAUGAUUUCCUUAGAGGCCUUCAAAGCACCUGUUAGAGCAGCCCUCUGCUGCAGCUGUGCUGUGCUGGCUCUCAUUUUGCACCGUUCGUAUUGGCAUUGCUCUCAAUUUGGCUCUUUCAUUAAAUUGG